AUGUCUAGUCCAGAAUCGGAUUAUUCUCCGCUUCUCGUGGCUACAUCCUUCUAUCUAUCAGUUUUUGUAAUUGCUGAAUUAACUCGUAAACUUGUCGACAAAUAUGAAACACCUGGUUCAUUGUUGUAUCAUUUUCUGAUGGAAAUAAUAGCAACAGCACAAAUGUGUACUUGUGUUUAUGAGAACGCUGUAAUUAUUCGACAUUAUGGCCUGCUGGGUUUCUUUUUUACCGUUGCUUUGCUUAUCUUUUCUGGCAGCUUUAUGAAUCGAGAAGCGUUUGUUUCUCCACUACAACCAAUUGAGCUGUAUUAUAAAGGAAUAUUUCCAUUGAAAAGAUUGUUGGUAACAAUAGCUGGAGAAAUGAUUGGUGGUUAUUCGGCUUAUCGGGUAGCCCGUUAUCUGUGGUACUGGUCAUUGAAUCUGUCGCCUGAUCAUGCUCUUUUUUACGAGUUUACAAGUUGUAAACUUACUUAUAAGGUGCCAUUCAUGUUCGUGCCUUCCUUCGAAGUAUUUGGCUGUUUUCUAAUGCGCCAUAUCCUUUUUCGCAUUCCCACAAAUUUUAAGAUAUUUAUGGUUCCAGCCGUUGUGUCAGCAUUUCUGACAUUUGCACUAGUAUUUGUGGGUGUUCCUGGACUUAAUCCAACGGUUGCUUCGUCGCGUCUACAAGGCUGUGAUGGACUAGAUACUAUUUGGUUUAUUUGGACAUAUUGGAUAUGUCCUACAAUUGGUUGGAUGUUAUCGGCUUUCAUGGAUGAUCGUAGAAUUACUGUUGCUGAAAAGAAAAUCAAAUAA